AUGUCGUCAACCACAAAGGAACCCGACCAGAACCAAGUCUCAGAUGAGGAAAGACAGAGGCUGGCGAAGUAUGACUGUCUUCCAUGCCGUAUCACCGGGGCUGCCGCAUUCACGGGUCUUGGGGGAUACAUGUUGGUGGCUGGCCGGCGUCAACUGGCCGCGGAACAGCACACACUGACAAGAUGGCAAUUACUAGCGAGGAGGGGUAGCAUCCACGGUAUUGGGAUCGGGCUGAUCGCGGCUGGGUUGUAUCGACUGAUAAACUAG